AUGGCUUCCGCAGAUGUGGUAGUUCUGUCGGUCAACAUUGCCAAGCAGCGCAAACCUCGUCCACGGCAGCAGCGGAAGGAAUGGAUCGAGAAUUGCGCUGACAGCCAGGAGCGAGCCGGACCUCGGCAAGUCAAGGAAGAAGUGACGAAGAAGAUCGAGGAGCAAGAAAGCAAGACGGGCAAGGCAGCUGAGACCAAGUUGGAGCUUCAGGAGGAUAUGAAGAGAGAGGUGAAGGAGGAGGCUUCGCAGGAUGUGCAGAAGAAAGUAAAGACGGAGAUCAAGCAGGGGUCGUCCAAGGACUGCAAGGUGGAAGUCAAGGAGGAGACGACACGCAAGGAUAUCAAGCAGGAGGUGAAGGAGGAGGUUUCGAAAGAUGCAGAUAUGGAAGUGAAGGAAGAGAGCAACGAGGUUGUCAGCUCUCGUCGAAGAAUGCGCACAGAGGUCAAGGCUGAGAUCAAGCAUGAAGUGAAGCAGGAGGACAAGAAGUCGCACAGCGAGUCGACUGGCAUAAAGCAGGAGAAAGUGGAUGAGGAGCAGCCUCUGCAAGUUAAGCAAGAGGACUGCAAGCAGCCGGGGCCGAAGAGACGUCGAUUGAGCCAGAAGAGUCCUGACGUCUCUGUUUCAUCCUUCGAGUCGCGAUUGACAGAGUGGGUGCAGAAAUGCCUAGCAUUUCAAUCCUCUGGUAAGACGUGGCUGCCCACGAAGCCCUGCUGUCCGGCCAGCCCGUUUCUCGGAUUAGCAGGCGCUCCGUGGCAAGGAUGUGUAAGAGACAAAGCAACAGCAUGCGUGCAGCUCCUCGGCAAAGAGCAGUUCAGAGAGUUGCGCGACUUCUACCGCGAGAAUCCACACCAUGCCCUCUUCCAUGACAACAGUGACCCAAACAGCGAGCGACAGCCAGAGACCACUGCUGGAUCCAGGCCACAGGCUGACAGGAGCUCAACCGGCAAUCAGCACCGAGCAGCUGAGUGCAUGAAGAUGUGGCCUUGGAUGCGGGACCUUCCCACGCGAGCUUGGGCUGGCAAUGGCUGGCUGCUCGUGGAGGACGGCAUGAUGAAGCUCUCGCCUACCGGCGGAGGCUCAGCCAUGCAGGGCCUCGAGAUCUUCGAGUCUGUGGGCUCCGUCCCGGAGCCCGGCGAGCAGAAGCCCUUGGAGUCGACGAGGCAGGUGGAGCCCACUGGGCCUGGACAGGUCGUGACGAAGCAGUUCCGAGGCCUGGAGCGCCAGAGCGGCAUCCAAAAUAUCUCUUGGAGGAUGGAUUUGUCGGCCUGGCGGAUUCAAUGCAAGAAAGCCGGCAAGGUGAAGGUUUUCAAUUUCCCCAUCUCCAAACACAUGAAGCUGGGCCUCAGCGAGGCCGAAGCCUCGGAGGCGGCCCUCGAGGAGGCCAAGGCUUUCCGCGAGGAGCUCGUGCGCCUCGGCAAGCUGACGCCGCCGAAGCCCAUCACGGAGAAGGCCUCCGGCUCUUCAGUUCGUGGUGUCACCUACGACAAACGAAAUGGGGGACGCUAUCAGGUACAGCUCCUGGACCCCUCCUCCAACAAAAGAGUGCGUGGGGGCUACUUCAAGUUGAAGGAGGAGGCGGAGGCCAGGGCCCGGGACCUGGCCAAGGAGUUGGGGUUGCAGGAGGAGCUGGUGCCGGUGAAGCCGCUCUCGGAGCUCCCGCACUUCGAGCCGCUCGGGCCGCAGAAGGGCAUCAAAUGGGUCCCCGGUGAGCAGGCCUGGCAUGCAAGAUGCCAAGGCAAGCACAUGAGGUUCCGCCCCAAGGACUUCUCGCCGAAGGAGGCGGAGAAGGCCUGGAAGCAGGCGGUGGCCUGGCGAAAGCAGCAGGAGAAAGAGAGAGCGGGCUGA